UGAGACUAGAGUGGUAGGUAAAACCGCCAAUAGGAUAUUAGGAAGGAGAAGAGAGAGAGAGACAGAGAGAGAGAGAGAAGGAGAGGGAGAUCAGAAUUGAUUGAUGGGGAUAUACGAGGUGGUGAUGGAGGAGAUAACGGUGUACACGGGGCUAUCACCGGCGGCGUUUUUCACAAUCGCUGGGAUGAUGGUCGUCGUUUACAGAUAUGUUACCGGAAUGUUUGUGGCUCCCGAAGAUUACAACAAGCCUCCGGUGGUGAGUAGUGCUAAUUCGGAAUUGGCGAACAAGUAUUUCAAUCCCACGACCGCCACGACACCAAGCUCAAUCCAAGUCGGGGAUAUGACGGAGCAAGAGCUUAGAGGAUAUGAUGGGUCUGACCCCAAUAAGCCCCUUCUCAUGGCCAUCAAAGCUCAGAUCUACGACGUCUCCUCCUCCAGCAGGAACUUCUAUGGUCCAGGUGGACCGUAUGCAAUGUUUGCUGGAAGGGAUGCUAGCAGAGCCUUGGCUCUUCUGUCUUUCAAACCCCAAGACAUACACGGAAACAUCGAUGGCCUCGGUCCCGACGAGCUUCAGAUUUUACAGGACUGGGAAGAUAAAUUCGUUGAAAAAUAUCUCACGGUUGGACGGCUGCUUAACCGUGAUCCUGUGCCACAACCAACACAAGAGACUAAGCAAACUUGAGAUCAAAAUCUGGACCAUGAUAUGAAAUAUAACUCACUAUUCUUUGGGUGUAUGUUUCAAUUUUGUGUCUAUUCUCCUUGCUGCUGCUUGUCAACAUACAUACAGCUUGUCUUGAAUCACCAGAGUCCGCUCAUAUUAUGUAUCAAUUGUAGUUGCAGGCUCAAAACUAGUAUUCCACUUAUUGUCUUCAAUCUCCACUGCUGAACCUAACGACUCUAUUCCAUAGUUUUCCCUCCCGACUCCCAACGUUUCGACCCAAGUUAAAAGCAUGCACUCACAACAGCAUUUUAACCUGUAAGAGUUGAUCGAGGAUCUUUAACGCUUUUAAACUUCCGGCCCAUUCAGUAAUCACAAUGCUAUUCCAAUGGGUCCUGUCAUUGGAGUUUCCAGUUCCAUUCUGGGUAAUGAAAGCAAGAAAAUGGAGAAUGAGAUAGAGAAUUUUUAAAUUUU